GUGCUCGUUGCUAACUGUCGCUAGCGUGCCGCAGCCAUGGACGCUGUGGGUGUUGACAUGUCAGUGUCACUUGGUCAGCUGAUUGCGGCUCGUAAAAGCCUCACGGCCGUCUAGUCCCGUUAGCCUAACCUAGCUGCAUGUUUGUUUUUGUUGACGUUGCUACACGGGUAGCAUUUAACCCAGCUUCCAGCUCCGUGGUUUCGUAGCAGCGGGACGCAAUUUCAAAGUGCCGCGCCGUCGCUGCCUGUCCUGCUUUGCGGCGCGAGGCUGGUGUCAGCGAGGCCGCCGUUAUUGUGUCAGGGAGGGACGGGUGAAGCUGCUCUGCGACUCUCCGCAUUGCAGCCCCGGCGCUGCUGCUGCUACUGCUACUGGAAUUUGCACGCACAACAAUGGCGACUCCCAGUCCCAACAACUCAACGACAGCUAGCAGCCACAACAGCAGCGCUAACGCAGGAUCCCAGCAUAUCACAACAAUGAGCAGCAUGCAGGAGUCCAACACCUGCUGGAGAUGUCAGAGUGAAACAGGGUUUCAGAUAAACCUGUCUGGAGCUCCUCAAAGUAAGCCAAACCUCUUUUCCUACAGCAACAGCAAUUCUCAUCCCUUUGUUUUUAACCGACAGUCUGGUUUGGGGAAGCCUGUCCUGCUGUUCUCCACUAAUCCAAGCAAACGCAAAGCCCUGAAGCUAAACUUCGCCAAUCCUCCGAUCAAACCGGCGACUCGAUUCACACUGAACACGGCGGGGCCGCCCUUUCAAAACCCACACAUAGAGAGGCUGAGAACACACAGCAUCGAAUCAUCCGGGAAGUUGAAAAUCUCCCCCGAGCAGCACUGGGACUUCACAGCCGAGGAUCUCAAAGAUCUGGGCGAGAUCGGCCGAGGGGCUUACGGCUCGGUCAAUAAGAUGGUGCACAAGCCGAGCAACCAGAUCAUGGCAGUCAAGAGAAUUCGGUCGACAGUCGAUGAAAAGGAGCAGAAGCAGCUGCUGAUGGACUUGGACGUGGUCAUGAGAAGUAGUGAUUGUCCUUACAUCGUGCAGUUUUACGGCGCUCUGUUCAGAGAGGGUGACUGCUGGAUUUGUAUGGAACUUAUGGCUACCUCCUUAGACAAAUUUUACAAAUUUGUUUAUUGCUCAUUAGACGACGUGAUUCCAGAAGAAAUACUAGGAAAAAUAACUUUAGCUACUGUGAAAGCACUUAACCACUUAAAAGAAAACUUGAAAAUAAUUCACAGAGACAUUAAACCAUCAAACAUCCUUCUGGACAGGAACGGCAACAUUAAACUGUGUGACUUUGGCAUCAGUGGUCAGCUGGUGGACUCCAUUGCCAAAACCAGAGAUGCGGGCUGUAGACCAUACAUGGCUCCAGAGAGAAUAGACCCCAGUGCAUCCAGACAAGGCUACGAUGUCCGUUCAGAUGUGUGGAGUCUGGGAAUCACACUGUAUGAGCUGGCCACAGGACGGUUUCCUUACCCAAAGUGGAACAGUGUGUUUGACCAGUUGACCCAGGUGGUGAGAGGAGACCCUCCGCAACUCAGCAACUCAGAGGAGAGGCGCUUCUCUCCCAAAUUCAUCGCCUUUGUCAACGUGUGCCUUACAAAGGAUGAAUCCAAAAGGCCAAAGUACAAAGAGCUACUGAGAGACCCAUUUAUUCAGAUGUAUGAGGAACGUUCGGUCGACGUCGCCGGUUACGUUUGCAGGAUCAUGGAUCAAAUGCCAGCUUCUCCAAGCUCUCCCAUGUAUAUGGACUGAUAGCAGAACAAACGUUAAAACUGUCUGCAACAGAGACAUUAAACUGAAAAAAGGCAACAAAGUAAACAAAAAAAGUCUUUGCUUGGUCCCCUUAUUGCAGUGUUAAGAGAAUUUUAAAACACCAUUUGCAAUACCGUGGUGUUUAUUUCAGUCAUGUCUGUAUAAUAUAUAAACACACCUCUUAUUUUUCUCGUUCUAAAACACACACACACACACACACACACACACACAGAUGCACAGUCACUUAAGUAUAAUAGCAGUCGAUUCAGUUAGUCAGUCAUGGUCUUGAUUCAGCUUGAUGAGGAUCCAUCUCAGUGAUUAGUUACAAGUAUAUUACGCAGAAAAAAAUAUCCUGGAAACUGUAUUUAUAGAACCACAAGGAUGAAGGUAAAGUUGAACAUACUGGAAUCACGCUCUUUGUAAAUUGUCCCACCUCUUUCAUGUACGUGAAUGAAAGCGUUGUUGUUUGGUAUCGUAUUGGAAUUUUGCUUCUCUGGCUAAAAAGCAGUGUUGAUAAUAACAAUCAUGUUAGAUAAAAUGCGAAAAUAUAAAUAAAGAAAGAGAAAAUGU